AUGGCUGAUAGUAAUCAACCAAUAAUUUAUAAAAAUCGUUAUCAAUUUCAAAGAAAACUUGAUCGAGAAAAUUUCAGCACGCUGUAUCUGGUAGCUGAUCUUGAAGCGGAAAAUGAAUUAAAAGUAUUAAAAGUCAUUCGAUUAAAUGAUAUGUCCGAUGAACAUGCAACUGAAACUAUUAAUAGAACUAAACAUCUAUUAAAAUUAAACAAUAAAUAUAUUGUGAAAUAUUAUGAAAGUUUCAUAGAAGAUAAUUAUUUAUAUAUUGUGAUAGAAUAUUGUGAAGAUGGAAAUGUACAAGAAUAUUUAAAAAAACAAACUAAUAUAUUAGAAGAAGAUCACAUUAUCGAAUGGUUAAUACAAAUUUUAACUGCUAUCAAAUAUAUUCAUAGAUCCAAUCUAUUUCAUGGAAAUUUACAACUGAAAAAUCUUUUUCUAAAGUCAAAUAAAAUUAAAAUUACAAAUUUUGAUAUUACAAGUUUAUCUUAUCCUACUAUUGAUUUAGCAUCAACAUUAACGGAGUUUCCAUAUUUUUUAGCACCGGAAGUAUUGAAAAAUAACGUGUUUUUAGCAAUAUCAGAUAUCUGGUCAAUCGGUUGUUUGUUAUAUGAAAUGUGUACUUUUCAACGGGAUUCUUCUGAUAAACAUAUUACGGAUAUUAUAAAAUAUAUGCUUUACAACGGAGGUCAAAUGCCAUAUCUUCCAAAAUUAUAUAGUGAAGAAUUAAAUGAUUUAUUCAAAAAAAUGUUGAUUGAAGAUCCAUUAAAACGAUCAAAUGCUAAAGAAUUAUUACAUUCACGUUUCAUUCUCUUUUAUCGUCAGAGAAAUACAAAUGGCUCAGAUCAACAAAACCAACUAGAAAUGGCAACAAAUCAACUUGGGCCUCUUACAACAACAAAUAAUAAACGAAGUCUAUCACCAAUAUCGACAGUCAAUAGACAAAUCGAUACGACACAUAAUAGUCAACAGCAUAGAGAAAGAGAAAGCUCUCAAUCAAGAGAUUUAAGAAUAAAAAUAGAUACAUUACGAAAAAAAGCUAUUGCUAUGUUAGGUGAAGAUAAAUUUGAAAACGUCUAUAAUUAUUUAAUGGAACAACGCAUAGCACAGAAAAGUGAUCCACGGAUUGAUGAUGCUAAAGUCACUGAAGGUCUAAAAGCAUUCGUGAAGACACCUGCAGAAUGCUUUGUAGUUGAUCAACUCGUAUUUUUAGAAUUAAUAUAA